ACUUUGCGGAGCCAUGGAGGGAGGCUUCGGCUCGGAUUUCGGGAACUCCGGGGGCGGGAAACUGGACCCAGGGCUCAUCAUGGAGCAGGUGAAGGUGCAGAUUGCCGUGGCCAACGCGCAGGAGCUGCUGCAGAGGAUGACGGACAAGUGCUUCCGGAAGUGCAUCGGGAAGCCGGGGGGCUCCUUGGACAACUCGGAGCAGAAAUGCAUCGCCAUGUGCAUGGACCGCUACAUGGACGCCUGGAACACCGUGUCCCGCGCCUACAACUCGCGGCUGCAGCGGGAGCGAGCCAACAUGUGACCGGGACCCCGCCAGGAGGCCCCCCAGCUCUCUGUGUCCUUUUCCAUAAACGUUCUUUGAGAAUGACAGCAGGAGGCGGGGGCCGUGUGGGAACUGCCCCGUUGAUGGGCGUGGGAGCCCGCCGCGAGUGUAGCUUGUGUAACGUGUGUCUUGGGGAUCCCUGUGCCUUCCCAAAGUGCUGGCAGCCCAGGGCAGUCGGUGGUCCCUCCCUGAUGUGCUCCCUAGGGUCAGCCUAAUGCCCCAGGCAGGGGAUCCUUGUUUGGACCUUGGAGGGGGGCGGACUGAACCCACCUGAGCCGGGAUCUCUUGAGACAGUGAAAUAAAUUGCUCA